CUCUCCCUUUUCUCUGCAGGAGGAAGAUAUUGAGUACUAUGACUCCAAGGCUGACACUGAAUAUGAUGAUCCCGAUGGAGAAGAGAUCGAGAGGGAGAAGUCCAAUUCCUUGAAGCUGGAGUUCACCGACGAUGCCAACUUCAAGACCAAGGUUAACUACUCAUAUGCUGCUGUGCAGAUCCCCACGGACAUCUACAAAGGCUCCACUGUCAUCCUCAACGAGCUGAACUGGACGCAGGCGCUGGAGGACGUCUUCAUUGAGAACCGGAAGGAGGAUCCCUCCCUGCUCUGGCAGGUGUUUGGCAGCGCCACCGGCGUCACCCGCUACUACCCUGCCACCCCAUGGAGAGCCCCCAAUAAGAUCGACCUCUACGAUGUGCGCAGGCGGCCCUGGUACAUUCAAGGUGCCUCGUCCCCGAAGGACAUGGUCAUCAUUGUGGAUGUGAGCGGCAGUGUGAGCGGCCUCACCCUCAAGCUGAUGAAGACCUCGGUCUGUGAGAUGUUGGACACCCUCUCAGACGAUGACUAUGUCAAUGUGGCCUCGUUCAAUGAGAAGGCGAAGCCAGUGUCUUGCUUCAAGCACCUGGUGCAGGCCAACAUCCGGAACAAGAAGGUCUUCAAGGAGGACGUGCAGGGGAUGGUGGCCAAGGGCACGACCGACUACAAGGCUGGCUUUGAGUAUGCCUUCGACCAGCUGCAGAACUCCAACAUCACGCGUGCCAACUGCAACAAGAUGAUCAUGAUGUUCACAGACGGUGGCGAGGACCGGGUGCAGGACGUCUUUGAGAAGUACAACUGGCCCAAUAAGACGGUGCGGGUCUUCACCUUCUCAGUCGGGCAACACAACUACGACGUGACCCCGCUGCAGUGGAUGGCCUGCGCCAACAAAGGUUACUACUUCGAAAUCCCUUCCAUUGGUGCCAUCCGCAUCAACACACAGGAGUACCUGGACGUGCUGGGCAGACCCAUGGUCCUGGCUGGGAACCGAGCUAAACAGGUUCAAUGGACCAACGUCUACCAGGAUGCCCUGGGGCUGGGCCUGGUGGUGACGGGCACGCUGCCGGUGUUCAACCUGACAGAGGACAGCAGUGACAGGAAGAACCAGCUCAUCCUGGGCGUGGUGGGAAUCGACGUGGCUCUCAACGACAUCAAGAGGCUGACGCCGCGAUACAACCUGGGGGCAAAUGGUUACGUCUUCGCCAUCGACCUGAACGGCUACGUCCUGCUGCACCCCAACCUGCAGCCCCAGAUCAUCAAUUUCCGUGAGCCCGUGACACUGGACUUCUUGGAUGCUGAGCUGGAGGAUGAGAACAAGGAGGAGAUCCGGAGAAGCAUGAUUGAUGGGAACGACGGGCAGAGAUUCAUCAAGACCCUCAUCAAGUCCCUAGAUGAGCAAUACAUCGAUGAGGUGUUCAGGACGUACACGUGGGCCCCCAUCAAAAGCACCAACUAUAGCCUGGGGCUGGUUCUGCCUCCCUACAGCACCUACUACAUCCAGGCCAACCUCAGUGACCAGAUCCUGCAAGUGAAGU